GAGGACCGACGUUGGCUACCCCUGCUUUAGACUGUUUUCUGUAUCUUAACCCUUCAAACAGAAACAUUUUUCCUCAAAUCGAUUCCUUCAUUAGUUUCACUCACUUGGAACAAAACAUAAUAGGUUUCAUUUUCCAUUCCGUGCCCAUCUGUCAUCUGUGAAUUAUAUUUUUAUGUAUUUACACACUUGACACAGGCCGCACUAAAAGAGACAUAGUGUUCCUUGUCGAUGGUUCUGAUGCCUCGAGAAAUGGACUACCGGCUAUUCGGGAGUUCAUUAGAAGAAUGGUGGAAGAGCUGGACAUUGAUGACGAUAAGGUCCGAGUGGCCGUCCUUCAGUAUAGCGACAACACCAGUGUUUAUUUCAACUUAAUGGCCCAUGGUUCCAAACGAGACAUUAUCUAUGCUGUCAGAAGCCUUCGACAUAAAGGAGGGAAGCAGAGGAACACGGGAGCUGCACUCGAGUUUGUGCAGGAUUUCAUUUUCAACUCUACCUCAGGAAGCAGAGUUAUCCAUGGAGUCCCUCAGAUCCUCUUUUUAUUGACUGGAGGUGACUCAGGUGAUGACAUUUCAGGGGCUGCAGCUGACCUUCAUAAAAACGGCGUUUUGUCUUUUGCUAUCGGCAUGAAAAAUGCUAAACAAGAGGAGUUAGAAGAAAUUUCGUCCUCUUCCUCUUAUAUUUUUAAUCUGCCUGUUUUUGGUGAACUUUUAUCAGUCCAACAAGAGAUAGUGUCUUUUGUCCAGGUGGGAAAACUGCUUAAGCCUCCCUUAGGUAAGAAUUACCCCAGAUUUUCCUUUUCCUUGACAUUUGAUCCUUUUCCCCAAGCUCCAAUGGAAUUGCAUCAACAUCUGAAGAACAUCUGUCGAGCAGCUUCAUAAUGCUUAAAGUUUCUCCACUCAUUCAGAGAAACUUGGUUAUCCUGUUUCUUGAAUAGUUCACCUACCUUUUCCUCUGGAGAACCUUCUCUUAAUGGCUCCACAGUCUCCCUUUCUGAUGCUCUUUCUUGAGCCAAUGAUAAUUUGCAUCAUUGACAUCGAAUACACAUUUGAUGGGAGUCGUCUCUUUUAAUGUCCAUAACUUUCUCCUUACAGUAGAUGUCCUUUCCCUCAUCUCGUUUUUAACUAUAUCACUUGUAUUGCUUGGAAAUUUGAUCUAUAAAAAUCAGGCUUGUAUUAAAUGACAUCAAUUUUUAAAUUGUGCUUUUGAACCUUAACAAGGUUUCCCCUUUUUUUCUCCUAGUGGAACAAGAGUCUCCACAGAGAGAUAUUGUGUUUCUGGUGGAUGGUUCAGAUGAAACUUUGAGUGGAUUCCCAGCCAUUAAAAGUUUCAUUAAACGAGUUGUCAAAACACUCAAUGUUGGUGAGAACAGGGACCAGG